GGAGCUCCAUCGAAGAUGAUUUCAACUAUGGCACCAACGUGGCCUCGGCCAGCGUCCACAUCCGCAUGGCUUUUCUACGGAAAGUCUACAGCAUUCUUUCCAUUCAAGUUCUUUUGACCACAGUCACAUCUGCCAUUUUUCUGUACUCUACUGGAGUUCAGGCAUUUGUUCACGAAAGGCCUGCCUUGCUUUUGAUAUCUGGGUUUGGAUCUUUGGCUAUCAUUGUGGCACUGACCCUCUACAGACACCAGCAUCCUGUUAAUUUAUACCUGCUUUUUGGAUUUACCAUACUGGAAGCACUGACAGUUGCCAUUACAGUGAGUUUCUAUGACGUGUCCAUCGUCUUGCAAGCCUUUAUUCUUACUACUGCUGUAUUUCUUGGACUGACUGCAUACACCUUGCAGUCAAAGAGAGACUUCAGCAAAUUCGGAGCAGGCCUCUUUGCUUGUUUGUGGAUUUUAAUCUUCUCGGGUUUCCUGAGGCUGUUUUUCUACAGUGAGACAAUAGAGUUGGUGUUUGCUGCUGCUGGAGCUCUUCUGUUCUGUGGAUUUAUUAUUUAUGACACUCAUUUGCUGAUGCACAAAUUAUCCCCUGAAGAGUACAUACUGGCUGCAAUCAAUCUCUACUUGGACAUCAUCAAUCUGUUCUUACACCUGCUGCGUUUACUGGAAGCAUUUAAUAAAAAAUAGUCAAAAGUGGUAUGGUUUGACUAUAGUUUAAAAGUUAAGUACCUAAAUAAUGUUUGGAUGAUCUACAAACUGUGUAGUUCUGUCUUCUGGAGACUGAAUCUUUAUUGCUUUUUCAUUCCAUGAAUAUUGAUC